GGAGAGAGGGGGGCUGGUCCUGUAUUUAAACACGGGCAUCCUCGAGCGGCAGUAACCGCCGGUGAUAUCAGCCGUGGCUUGUGCGUGACCUAGUCGGAACAUUGUUCUAGUUAACCGCAUAAAAUGGAAGCUUUUUACGGUCUUUGGACGGUUGAUCUUAGCAAGACUUCAGGGGUCGCUGAAAUCGGAAAGCUUUUCGGAUGGACAGAAGAUAAAAUUCAAGCAUUUUCUACCACGGGUUAUACGUUACUGAUCGAGGCGUCAGGAGAUGGAAAUAGGUGUCUUGUGGACUAUGGUGUCGUCAAGAUGGAAUUUAACUUUAAGUUAGGAGAACCAUUCGAUUACACGGGAUUAGAUGGGGUGAAGGCCAAGUGUACAGUUGAAUUAUCUGGAUCUGGUCUAGUGGAAAACUUCAGCACAGCUGAAGGGGCAACAUGGAAGACGACAAGGGAAGUAACUGGAAAUAAUAUGAAAGCGACUACAGUGUUUGGAGGGCAAGAGAGUGUUAAGUGUGUGCAAGAAUUCAAAAAGAACUGAGAAUUUAAAGUUUUUUCCUUAUCACCAUUGCUUCAAUUAUCUCAUUGUAUCAAUCCACCAAUUGGUUUAUUAUUUACCCAGCAUUGUUUUUAUCUAAUUUGUGUUCAUUUUUCUGGAAGACUAAACAAUAAUUGUACUGAACAGCUCAAUAAUUUACAAAUAUUAAAAAUUAAUCUGGUCUUCACAUGUAUGGUUUAUCUGGCCAGUAUCCAAGCAGUCUGUGUAAACAGCCAAUCAGCUUUUAAUACAAAACCAAACUAGACACAAGUGCAAUAUUGAUGAAUAUUGAUGAAUGUAAAUAUAAUAGGUUGCAUGAUUGUUUUUUUUUUGUAUACAAGUUAUUUUGUUAUUAUAAUAAAAUUAUUAAAAUGAUCCAUUAGAUCAAAAGUAGAUUUUUACUAAAGUGCAAAACAAUGUUUUGAUUUAUCCCAUGUAUGAGAUUAUCACCCUAAACAUAAAUAUUUGUAUUAGCUUUCUACCAUUUGUGUGAAAGUAAAAAUGAUGGAAUUUUUUAAAAAAUUGGGACCAAACAGCUUUAUAGAAUUUAAUUUAAAAAUCAAGUUUUGGUCAUGAUAAAUGCACUUCUUGUAUGAGCUUGAAAGAUAAAAUAAUGUUCUAAAAUACCACCUUUCAAUUUAGUUUUGUUGGCUUCAAAUGUACGGCCAAUGUUAGUAAAUAAAACUAUUUGCUAAGAUUG